AUGGAGCCCACGGUGGAGGUGGUGACGUCACCGGUGACGUUGGGUGAGGGCCCGCACUGGGACUCCGACGAGCAGGCGCUAUACUUCGUGAGCAUCUUCGACUGCACCAUAAAUAAAUACGUACCGGCUACUGGCAAACACACCAAGGCCAAACUAGAUGGCAAGACCACAUUCAUAAUACCAGUGGAAGGUCGUAAGCACCACUUCGUAGUGGGUUUGGACAGGAAGGUGGUGGAAGUGCAGUGGUCUGGUGAAGACGAUGCUGCCACCCUGCUGAGGACUGUGGCUGUGGUGGAUGAACAAUGUCCGAACAACAGGUUCAAUGAUGCUAAGGCUGAUCCUAAAGGUAGACUGUUUGCUGGUACAAUGGGCCAUGAAUACGAGCCUGGAAAGUUCGAUAUAAAGAAAGGCUCGCUGUACCGCAUCGACCCUGAAGGCGGCGUCCAUCGCCUCGUUUCCGACGUAGAUAUAUCUAACGGACUGUGCUGGGACGAGGGGGGCCGCGCCUUCUACUACGCGGACUCGUUCGAGUACGCCAUCAGGCGGUACGACUACGACGUCAACACUGGCAAUAUAUCCAACCCUGGUAUUAUGUUCAAGUACUCGGAUCACGGCCUGAAGGGCAUCGUGGACGGCAUGAGCAUCGACACGGACGGCAACCUCUGGGUCGCUAACUUCGACAACCACCAGGUCAUCAAGAUAGACCCUAAAGCCGGCAAGAUCCUGCAAACUAUCAAGCUGCCGGCCCUACAAGUGACGUCACUAGUGUGGGGCGGUAAGGGUCUGGACGAACUAUUUCCAUCAAAUGAAGAAUUGAAGCUUAAAUGGUUAGAUAUUUUGGGUAAAAGCAAUGUCUCCGUCGGAAAACGCACUGCUUUGUGUUCUACACACUUUGAAGAACAUUGUUUUCGUUAUGGGUUAGUUAAUGGUACAAGAAUAUUGAGAGAUGGUAGCUUGCCAACACUAAAUUUAACCACUUAUUAUACAAAAAAGAAAGCCAAGUAUUCAACUAAUGAAAUAAAACCAUCUGAAUCUCAAGAGGAAUGUUGUUCCCAUACAAAACGUCCAAUCACAGAUGCAACCUCCGAUAGUUGGCCAACUCUUUGCUUAACCACUAUUAGUGUUGAAAAUAAACCCAUUGAUACUGUUAUUAAAACAGAACCACUUGAAUCUGGUAUGGAAAGUAAUUCCCAAACAAAACAUCCAAACACAGAUGCAACCUUGGAUAGCUGGCCAACUCCAUGUUCAACAGAGAAUAAAGCCUUGGAUACCAUUAUUAAAAUAGAACCUACUGAUUCGCUAAUGGAUAGUAGUUCCCAUGCAGGACAGUCAGUCAGAGAUGCCACAUCAAAUAGCUGGCCAAUGCUAUGUGUAACCACUAUUAAUAAAGAAAAUAAAUCCAUUGAUUCAGUUGUUAAAAUAGAACCAACAACUUCGGAACUGAAUAGAGAAGAGAAUCUAGUAAAUCAUUAAACUUUUGAAUUUUUGUUCCAAUGCAACUCACUUGAGGGACAGAUUGCAAAGAAAAAAAGAACAAAGUUUGAGGAGAAAAAUUUUGGUUUUGCAACAUUCAGUUAAUUGUUUGUUAUGCUUACGAAAUUCCAAUUCUUAACUUAAGUCACAAUUAAGAGAAAUGAAAAAUAGGCUAAAUUGGUGUGAAGCUGAAAACAAAAUGACACAUAAGAUUUUGAAGAAGGCAUGACUUCAAAUAAAAAUCAAAAUAUAUAAAAGUAAUUUGCCUGGAAUUAGUUAAUCCUCAAUAUUGAAGAACGAAUUUAGAGAAACCAAAAGUCUUAAUAGGUAAUUUUGAAUGAAAAUGCAAUGAAGACUGAUGUGAUAGUACUAUAAAUGUAUCAAGAUGCGUUUCCACCAGUGUGCUGAACUGUGCAGCACUGCAAUGCACAUUGUGCGACAAAAAUGUUUAUUUUGGUCGACUUACUAAAGCAAACAAAAACAAAUGGUGCACGAACAUUCAGGAAAUGUUUGGGCACAUCUAAUUCGCUUACCACACGCACAAGCUUCACCACAGUUUGGCCUGCGCAAGCAUCUCGCACGAAAAAACUGUACACUUUGUGCGUUACCACAUGGCACAGUUAAGUACGCGCAAGCUUCAUUCUUAUCGAAAUCAUUGGCGUGUAAACAAUGAAGGAACAUUUCUUAUGCUACUAUUUUUCAAGUUUUUGCUAUUAAAAAAAAUACAACGCAAAAGUCAAAAUUAAGUGGACAAAAAAAUAGCUGUUGAAUAGAAAAAUUCAUACACAUAUUAAUCCAAUUAAGGAUUUAAGAGAUGAUCCAAACGAUUUUCGUAAUUAUAUACGGAUGGAUUAAAAUGCUUAUGGUGAAUUGUUACGUUUAAUUUUCCAGAGUGCAGGCAGAGAUUUGUAUAAAUUAAUUAAUUCAGACGUGAAUUCGCGAUUUACGCAAAUCUGCCAUUUUUGAGUGGUGAUGACGAGCGACCUCAUGAAACGACGAGCGAGCCUCGACACAAAGUACACUCGACUGUGGCUUGAACACUAAACGCCCAACCACACGCACAGACAAGUACGCGCAGG